GCUGGUCCUGUUCUGGAGGAUUGAGUGGGGGUCCCCAUCCAUGAUACCACGUGACCUGCAGGUGCCCAGCUCGGUGACAGUGAAGGAGGGGAUGUGUGUCACGGUCCCCUGCAAGAUCCACCUUUUCCCCUAUUUUCUGGCCCUCACUGCUAGCUGGUUCCGAGAAGGGGCAGACACUGACAGAGAUAACCCUGUGGCCACAAACGACCGAGAUCGGGAGGUACAGGCGGAGACACAAGGGCGAUUCUACCUCCUCUCGUUCCCAAGGAGAUGGGACUGCUCCCUAAGCAUCACUGAUGCCCGGAAAGCAGACAGCGGGAGAUAUUUCUUAGAGGUGGUCACUGGAAAGUCACAGAAACGUAGUUACUUGGAUUUUAAAGUUUAUGUGAAUGUGACAGCUCUGACACAGAAGCCAGACAUCUAUGUUCCCCAGACCCUGGAGGCUGGGCAUCCUGUGACUCUGAACUGCACAUUUCCUGGGGUCUGUAUGGAAGGGACACCACCCAUCUUCUCCUGGAGAGGGGCAGCCCUUUCCUCCCAGGAUCCUGCCCAUGAGACAACCUCUUUGUCAGAGAUCUCUCUGACUCCAAUGCCCCGGGACCAUGGCUCCAGCCUCACUUGCCGAGCAACCUUCCCUAAAGUCAAUGUGAGCACAGAGAGGACCAUCCAACUCAAUCUGUCCUAUACCCCGAAGAACUUGACCAUCCAUGUUGUAUGGGGAAACAAGACAGUAGUGAUCCCAGGAACUGGCUCUUACCUGCUUCUCCCGGAGAGAGAGACCCUCCUUCUAGUAUGCAUUGUUGACAGCAACUUGUCUGCCAUGUCCAGUUGGAUUUGGGAGGGUCGAAUUGUGAGCAGCUCUCCAGCCUCAGACUUCCAGGCUCUGCCUCUGAAGCUGCCCAGUCUGAGAGUAAGGGACAGUGGGGAAUACUCCUGCCAAGUCCAGCACCCUUUUGGGACACAACAUGCCUCCCUGAACCUCUAUGUACGGGCCCCAAUGCAAGAGAAUAGCUCUUGGCCUCUAAUCCUCACCCUGCUCCGGGGAGUCCUUAUGGGAAUAGGUUUUCUUCUCACUUAUGGCCUUACCUGGCUCUAUUACACCUGGUUACUCAAAGCUGGAAAGGAAUCAGUAAGAGAAUCCUCCUGCUGCUGUUUCUGGAGCUGCUGCUGCUGCUCCUGCUGUUCCUCAAGAGACAGUUCCCAUCCUCAGAUACACUUGCAUUUUGUUCAUGCCAAUGAACACUCUCAGGUCUCAGCAGCAGGGGCCAGAUGGAGCUUCCUCACCAGUCUAGGCCAGCAUUGCCUAGAUCAGCAAUUAACUUCGACUUCUUCCUUGUUUGUCAUCCUGGAGGCAGAAUACCCCCAGCUUCCCCAUUGUGGCUACCUUGGGGGAGUCCAUCCCCUUGAAUCUGGAUCUGUCACAGCAGAGUCCAAUGCAGCAUUUUCUGAGAACUCCCCUCCCUGGCUUCCAGAACUAUUAGGUUUCUUGGAGAUGCUGAGGCUGGAGGAGGUCUCAGGACAGAGCCUGGAUCCUUUGUGCAGUCUUGCCCCUUUGAGGACGCUGGUAUGGCUGCUCCUGCUGCUCAUCAUCUGGGGGGGGCUUCCCCAAGGAGAAGCAGAGUUGAAUCCAAACAUCCCAGUAGCAGUGGUGACAGUUCAGCAGAACCUGUGUGUACAAGUUCCUUGUACCUUCUACCCUGGGAAGGACAAAGCCAACAACCAGAUCUUCUUCUUUUGGUACCUGAGGGAAAAAAGUGACAGCAACCUGGUGGCCACCAAUAAGCCCCAUUGGAACAUAUCUGAAAGAUUUAGAGAGCGCUUCAGUGUUAUUAGGAUCCCCCAGAACCGUAACUGCACUCUUUCCAUCAAGAAUGCUCAGAAAUGGGACACAGGGAACUACACUCUCAGCAUAGAGAAAGGAGAAUUAAAACAUGAGCAUGAAAAAACAGUGUUUGUCUAUGUCUCAGACUUGACAGAGAAACCAGAUAUCCAAGUCCCAGAGACCUUGAAAGCUGGAGUCCAAGGGACCCUGAUCUGCAGGAUGCCAGGGUCAUGUGAUGGGGAGAAUUCCCCCACCUUUCUUUGGACAGGGUCUGCCCUUUCUUCCCAGAGUACUGGCAAUGGGAUCCAUGCCUCUUCAAAGAUCUCUUUCAUCCCAAAACCCCGGGACCAUGGCACCAAAAUUACUUGUCGUGUUACCUUUAAGGGAUCCUGCGUGACCUCAGAGAAGACUAUCCAGCUCAAGGUCACCUAUCCUCCCAAGAAGCCAACCAUUCAGGUUCACCAAGGAAACGGAGUCCUAAGGCCCCUGGGAAAUGCAUUCCAUCUGCCAGUCUUGGAGGGUGAGUCCCUGAAUCUGAGCUGUGCCGCUGACAGUAACCCAGCCGUCCCCCUCAUCUGGACUAAGGGGAGCCACAUUCUGAUCUCCUCCCAGCUCUCAGAUGCUGGGGCUGUGAGCUUUCACCUUCACCAAGUGGGGCUGAGCGACUCUGGAGAGUACACCUGCCAAACUCAGGAACCAGGGAAGUCCAAAAAGACCUCCCUGAUGCUGUCUGUGCAGUACCCCCCGAAGCUGCUCAGCUCCUCGUGCUCCUGGGUUGAGGAUGGCUUGCUCUGUACCUGCUCUGUCCAGGCCCAGCCAGCACCCUCCCUGUGCUGGUGGCUGGGGGACAACCUUGUGCAGGACAACAGCAGCAAUGACACACUCCAAGUGGUAUCCACCACCUCAGAGGUCUGGACCAACAGCAGCCUGAGCUGGAGGCAAAAGCCAGAUCCUGCCCUCAGCCUCCGCUGUGAGGGGAAGAACCAGCAUGGGACCCACAGUCUGAGGGUCCUGCUAGUUCCAGAAAGAAGUACUCCAUGCGCUGAAACAAACAAGAAAAUGCUGAUCAUGGGAGCUGUCUGUGGGGCUGCUGUCACUGGCCUCUUAGCUCUUGGCCUCCUUCUCAUUGUGGUGAGGACUCUUAAGGGGAAAUCAGCAGAAGUGAGGACCAAAACAUCUGAGGCUAAAGCCAAUGUGGAUAACAGGCACCUUCCCUCAGAGGCCAUCCCCCUUACUCCGCAAGGGAUGCUCAAGAUGAAAAGUUCCCUAAGGCCCCCAUCCCAGGACACAGUGAGUCCCACUUCUGUGAAGGAACCUGAGCUGCAUUAUGCCUGCCUCAGCUUCCAGAAGCUGAGACCCCAAAAUCCCCAGGAGUCUGCACAUACUGUCACUGAGUAUGCUGAAAUCAAGUUCCAAAAAUCACCUUUGUGAGGAAGAGAAUGGAACAGGAACAAGAUACAUGGUAUUGUUACUGAAAGAAAAAGCCAAAUGUGGUAUGAACAGAACCUUACUAUCACUGGACCAUGACGUUAUUUUUGUAAAUAGGAGACAGAAUAUCAUAAUAUAAACUGUCAGAGCUGGGAGGGCCCUUAGCACAAAUAAUGUCAGAGCUGGUAAAAAAUAUAAAUCAUGGGAUGUCAGAGUUGGGAGGGCCCUUGGAACAGGGAAUGUCAAGUAUGGGAGGGACCUUAGAUCAGGGAAUACCAGAGAUGAGAAAGAACUUAGUACACAGACUGUCAAGGAUGAAAGGCUCCUUGGAACACAGAAUGCCAGAAUGGGGAGACAACUUAGAAUUUCAGAGGUGGGAGAGAAGGUAGAUAAAGAAUGUCAGGGAGGAACCUUGGAAAACAGAUGUUGUGUCAGAGCUGACAGAACUUAGAACACAGAAUGUCAGGGAGGGAUCAGAAGGGACCUUAGAACUCAGAUUUCCAGGACAAGUAGAAACCUUAAAACGGAGUGUGUUGGACCUAGGAAAGAACUUGGAGACCACCUAGGCCAAGUUAUUAUAGGCUGGGAGAUGUUAUCUCCCUGGCUAGCUAUAUGACCUUGGGGAAGUCUAAUACCCUUCUCUGGGACUCAGUUUUCUCAUCUUUAAGGAGUCAACCCAGAUGUUAGCUGGUUAUGCUACAAUUGUAAAUAAUAAAGUAAAUAUUUUGAGAGGGAAAAAAAAGGAGUCAGAACAGAUAAUCUUUAUGGUUCUUUCCACCUCUGAAAUUCCAUGUUCCCUGUUUUUGAGAAACAAACCUACCAUUGAAAUGCACGUGUAUUUAUUUUCAUCAAUAAAGAAUGCAUGAAGAAAUGAACAGAACAGAA